CCUUGGUUUUCACUCGCCUCAACGAAACUCAAAGAAUAACAAAAAUGCCUUUCAACCUCAAGGAAGCUGAAGUCAAAGCCGCUCUUGACGGCUGCGCAGCUGCUGACUCCUUCGACCACAAGAAGUUCUUCAAGGCAUGCGGCAUGGCCGGCAAGUCUGCCGAUGAUGUGAAGAAGGCCUUCGCCACCAUUGACCAGGACAACAGUGGCUUCAUUGAGGAGGAGGAGCUGAAGCUGUUCCUGCAGAACUUCUCUGCUAGUGCCAGAGCACUCACCGACAAGGAGACCAAGGCUUUCCUGGCUGCCGGUGAUAGUGAUGGUGAUGGCAAGAUCGGAGUCGAUGAGUUUGCUUUAAUGGUAAAGGUAUAACUUUCCAUUGACCAAG